GCAAAAGGCGCGCGAGUGAACUUGUUGACUUCUUGGUUGUUGUCUUCAGAACACGUGGUCGGUCGGUAGAUAAACAUUUUACCGCUAAUCGUCGGAACGUCAUUCCGGACCAAGUUGAAACCGACUCUUCGUUACACCAAUUGUGAUGUUUGACAAGUGCAAGCGAUAGCAUCAUGGAAAAUGAAACUCUGCAAGGCAUAUAAGGAUUGGUUCAAAUUUUGAAAACUACACUGCACCCACUAAGGGUGCUCUCUGCAUGACAAUUAAGUGUAGCAACUUCUUGGUGAACUGAACUCAACGCAAACAAUCAGUGCCAAACAGUUAAGGUUAGCUAGGAACCAAUAUGGAGUACAAAUUUUGCUACAAAAGCCAUCAGCUGGUUGUGUUAAUUGGUUGCGUUUUAGCAACUAUAGUUAGCGCAGAUAUGACCGCAGAAAAUGUCCCGACGGCCCUCACAGUAAAAGAGCAAUCAUGCUGCCUAGACUCAGACGUGCUAUCUACAUCCCAUCAUGGUUGCUUUAAUCAAACGGCAAACGUUACGUACAACGUGGUGCUCAACUGCACCCAGCACUAUCUUAUAUAUCAGGAGUUGGAAGUAGAGGUGCAUGUGAACCCGAAAGGUGCGCUGGUCGACGGAAACUAUGAAGUUGAAUGGACAGACUACUGCUCGGCCACUUUACUGGACGGAGACGAGAAGCAACCGGUGUUUAUGGUGUGCUUUAACAACGACGGGUACACUUCGAGCUUAUCGUUCUACUUUAGCAAAGGAAUUAUGAUGCUAAUAUCGGUAUUCUUCCUUGCUGUUACGCUUUACAUAUACUUUUUGAUUCCGGAUCUGCGGGAGACCCAGGAUAAGGUUACAUCGAUUGCAGUUACUUGCCUGAUGAUGUUCAUGUUGCUAUUGAGUGUGGUUCAGCUGGGAACAUCCAUUACCUACAGCUCUCUAUGCUCGGUGAUAGCGUUUCUGAUGUAUUUCUUUCUGAUCAGCUACUUUGCCUGGCUCAACACCGUGAUGGCUAACGUGUGGAAGUUAACAGUGGCCCGACAGUGGAAAAUUAAAGAGCGUGCUUGGUAUAUCCUCAACCACAUUUAUGCAAACACGGUAGCGCUCACGUUGACAGCGAUGGUCUACGUUUACCAUAUGCGAAACGCUACCUUCGGAGAAAUAUCCUGCUGGUUCAGAACCGAACGAGAACAGUCGUACUUCGUCUACUUGCCGCUAAGUGUAAUGCUGAGCAUCAACAUUUUCCUCUUCGUUUGGACCAGUUACCAUCUGCACACCAGCGGAGACGAUAUUAGUCCCGAUCGGAAGAAGGCAUUACGAUACAAAUGUAUGCUUUAUUUGAAACUGUUCUUGCUGGCUGGUCUAAUAUGGAUAUUCGAAAUCAUCUCGUUCCACGUUGGGGAUGGCCAUCUAGGUCGUUCCUGGUUCUGGAUUCUAAUCGAUUCGAUAAACUGCCUGCACGGGGUGCUGAUCUUCUUUGUUUUGAUCGUUUGGCGGCAACGUAUAAAGAGGGAACUUUCCGGCCGGCGGAUAUUAUGCUUCCGUGGCCCGGCAAGCUGGUCUCAGUUGAAAGAUGACGAACAGGAACAGUUAGCAGAUGAAGAUCGAGAGUACGGAAAGUAUGACUUGAUCAUCAAGUAAACAGAAAUCCGUUUAUGCUGACAAUAUCCAGAGAGAGGCAAAGUACAUUUUUGAAAGCAACAGCACAAGCAGUCAUCGGAAUAGAACUAAAGAUUAACAUUGGCGCAGUGACUUAUUUAGGAAUAGCACGUUGACAUAAUGUAGAAGUUACGAAUGAAAAACGUUAUUAGAUGUUUUCAUUGCUUGAAUUAUAUAUCCUAAUUAGGAAUGUUACGAUUAAGAUAUCGUUAAAAAAUUGUCAUUUUUAAGGCAGCAAAAAAUAGUUUUGAGGUAUUUGCAGUGAAGACCAUGCGCAUAAAUAAAUAUGCAUGCACCUUUACCAAUAUUACUUUGAACUGGAGUUACAUAGUAGUGAUGGCAGCGACAUCAAGUUUUAGUUAUAGUACUCCUUGAUUACAUAAAAACUUUUUACACACUUCUCGUCAAUUACCUGAUGGGGUUUAUUUCU